UAAUAAAACACAACCCUUUAUUCAUUCACAUUAAUAAAACACAAAAAAGAAAUGGCACAAGAAGUGAGCAACAAACAGAUCAUUCUGAAGCACUAUGUCACUGGUUACCCUAAGGAAUCCGACAUGGAGAUCAAGAAUAGCAGCAUUAAACUGAAUGUUGGAGAAGGUAGUAAUGGUGUUGUUUUGAAGAAUCUUUACUUGUCAUGUGAUCCUUACAUGCGUUCUCGCAUGAAGAAACUUGAGGGUAGUUAUGUUCAGUCCUUCACUCCUGGUUCUCCUAUCACAGGAUAUGGAGUGGCUAAAGUAUUGGAGUCUGGUGAUUCAAACUUCCAGAAAGGCGACUUAGUUUGGGGAAUGACUGGAUGGGAGGAGUAUAGUGUUGUAACAGAUACUCAGUCUCUGUUUAAAAUUCAUCACAAGGAUGUCCCACUUUCCUACUAUACUGGAAUCCUUGGGAUGCCUGGGAUGACAGCUUAUGCUGGUUUUUAUGAGGUUUGCUCCCCCAAGAAGGGAGAAACUGUCUUUGUUUCAGCUGCUUCUGGAGCAGUUGGUCAGCUUGUUGGCCAAUUUGCAAAGAUGCUCGGUUGCUAUGUUGUUGGUAGUGCUGGAACCAAAGAAAAGGUUGAUCUGUUGAAGAGCAAGUUUGGUUUUGAUGAAGCUUUUAACUACAAAGAGGAGCAGGAUUUAGAUGCAGCUUUGAAGAGGUACUUCCCUGAUGGAAUUGACAUCUACUUUGAGAAUGUUGGAGGGAAGAUGCUUGAUGCAGUUCUUGUGAAUAUGAAACUCCAUGGCCGUAUUGUUGUGUGUGGGAUGAUCUCGCAAUACAACCUUGAGCAGACUGACCGAGUGCACAACUUGUUGUGCCUCAUCACAAAACGAAUCCGCAUGGAAGGAUUUAUUGUUUUUGACUACUAUCAUCUCUACCCUAAAUAUUUGGAAAUGUUCAUUCCACAAAUAAAGGCUGGUAAUGUUGUGUACGUGGAAGAUGUAGCUGAAGGUCUCGAGAAUGCGCCCAGUGCUCUAGUUGGUCUCUUCUUUGGUCGCAAUAUUGGAAAGCAAGUUGUUGUGGUUUCGCGUGAAUAAACGUACACAAAGUUUAGUAACUGUUUAGAUGGUGGUUGAUGUGCCAGUUCUUUUAAAUAAACUCAGUUGCAGAUAUAGUAGAGAUACUUGUGUCUGCUUGAUCAGAAUGAGAUACACGUGCGUUGCACGUGUUCAGAAACUAGUAUAAUUAAGUAUAAAAAUGAUCAUGUCAUGUCUA